CUUGAAUGGAAACUCUGCGUCCCACCCACACCACUUAAAUACAACCAAGAUAGUCGAAGAAAUACAAGCUUCCAGGAAGAGACUGCAAGAAAACUAAACAAUGAGCUACCCUGGAUACCCCCCUCAGGCAGGAGGAUAUCCCCCGCAGGCAGGAGGAUACCCACCGCAGGCUGGGGGUUACCCUCCACAACCAGGUGCUUACCCACCACAGCCAGGAGCUUACCCUCCCCAAGCGGGAGGUUACCCUCCACAGCCGGGUGGCUAUCCUCCUCAAGCUGGAGGCUACCCACCACAGGCAGGAGGAUAUCCACCUCAAGCUGGAGGUUACCCACCACAGGCUGGAGGAUACCCACAGGCACCACCUCCAGGCAGCUGGGGUGGAGGGCCUACGGGUGGAUAUCCCUCCAUUGGUCUUGAUGGCUUAUCCAACCCUGGAUACAAUCCUGGCAUGCCAGGAGGAACCAUGCCACCACAACAAAACCAGGGUCCAGCAAUGGGUUAUCCUGGUCAGCCUGGCCAGCCAAUGCCUGGAUACCCCGGUGCACCAUCACCCAACCCAUCCAUGCCAGGUUAUGGAGGAGCACCAGCACCUAUGCCUGGGUACCCAAAUGCCCCAUCAGCAAAUCCAUCCAUGCCAGCCUAUGGUGGAGGAGGAGCCAUGCCAAUAGCUCCACCUAUCAAUAGAGGAUUCAGGGGAACAAUCAUGGACUUUCCUGGAGCUGACCCUCUCAAAGAUGCGGAGGUCCUGAGGAAGGCCAUGAAGGGCUUUGGAACUGACGAGCAAGCCAUCAUUGAGUUGCUCGGGAGUCGGUCCAACAAACAGCGCGUUCCUUUGCUCCGGUCUUACAAAACCGCCUAUGGCAAGGAUCUGAUUAAGGAUCUGCAUUCAGAACUGUCUGGGGAUUUCAGGAAGCUCGUCAUGGCCAUGCUGAAGACCCCCACUGAGUUUGAUGCCUCUGAACUCAACAGUGCCAUAAAGGGAGCUGGAACUGAUGAGGCCUGUCUAAUUGAGAUCCUGUCUUCUCGCUCCAAUGCUGAAAUCAAGGAGAUUAGCCGUAUUUACAAACAAGAAUACAAGAAGUCACUGGAGGAUUCAAUUAGUGGAGACACCUCAGGCCACUUCCGCAGGCUCCUGAUCUCUCUCGCUCAGGGUAAUCGGGACGAACGAGAAAAUGUCGACAUCUCGCUGGCUAAACAAGAUGCUCAGGCCCUGUAUGCUGCUGGAGAAAACAAACUGGGAACAGAUGAGUCCAAAUUCAAUGCCAUUUUAUGUGCCAGGAGCAAAUCCCAUCUCAGAGCAGUAUUCAUGGAGUACCAGCAGAUGUGUGGUAGGGAUAUUGAGAAGAGCAUCAGCAGGGAAAUGUCUGGCGAUCUUGAGAGUGGCAUGUUGGCAGUGGUGAAGUGCAUUAAAAAUACACAUGCAUAUUUUGCUGAAAGACUCUACAAGGCCAUGAAGGGAGCUGGGACAAAAGACAAAACUCUGAUCCGGAUCAUGGUCUCCCGUUCCGAGGUUGACAUGCUGGACAUUCGCCAGGAGUAUUUGAAAAAUUACGGCAAGUCUCUGUACACUGCGAUCUCUGGAGACACAUCAGGAGACUACAAGAAACUCCUACUCAAGCUCUGCGGGGGCAGUGACUGAAAAAGGGAGACAUUCUGUCGACUUCUUUACAGAUGUUUCUUCAAAUAUAAUCUUUCUGAAUCAUCUGUAUGCACUAUACACACACUGCGUACUUGCAUGCCAUGUCAAUGCUUUCAAUGCAAAAUUUACCUAGCUUUGAAAAGCUCAUACAUAUUGUUACCUUUCUAUAAACAGUAUGUUUAAAAAAGAAAACGUUUUAUAUAUUUUUUGUUUGUUUGUACUAUAUUGGCCGGAUAUGACAGUACAUGGAUUUACAAAAUGGAUUUGUAAGAGUUUACAUCGGCUUUUGAAGAGCUAUAUAUAUAUAAAUAUAUAUUUUAAAAGAUUUUUUGUGCCAAUAUGAUCAGAUACUGAACUGUAUCUGAUGUUUAGCAGCUAGCUAAUUUUCAGCAAUGCUGAUAAAAGUGAGGCAUGUAAUACAUAGCAGCUAAGUACCAAAGUAAAAGAUAAUGCUUGCAAUUGUACAAUCUCUUCUAUAUUUUUUUUCUAGUCUUGAGUUUUGUUUCUAAAAGCUAUGUUUGCAGUAGUUUUGUCACAUAAAGGUCACUAUAGUUCAUCAUUGAGCAUGAUGUUUCAUAAUUAAGGUGCCAUUUUCAGGGGAUUCAGGAAAUAAAUACUGAGGAUGUACACUGG